CCAAAACAUACGCGCGCGAAUACGCCCUCAAUCCGCUAAUUAGGGUUUCUUUCUUCUGGUCCGUCGCUCCUAUCUCGCCCCUUGUGGCCUCUUUCUCUCUGUCGCUCUCGGUUUUCUAGCGAGGUCUCUCUCUCUCUCUCUCCCGAUUCUUACCACCGCCUUUUCCGAGAGGAGAGCAAAAAAGUUCCUAUUUUGUUGCAAACACAAUUCGUUGUUGAUGAUCGGUAGCUCUACUUAGAUCUCUUGGUCAUCUGAUAGUGCAAGUUAUUCGUUUGGUUUGUCUUCUCAAUCAUGCGCGCUUCAUGGGCUGAUGCAGUUGCGAACGCCGAGAGCUCGGCGGGCGCAGCAGAUACUGCCCCUCGCCGAACUAACUCCUACGUUCCUCCUCAUCUUCGUAAUCGGCCGCAAGCUUCAGAGGCCCCUGUGGUCGGUAACGGCCCUUCUGCCGCUAGAUUGCCUUCUGCUUAUCCUCCGCAAGCAUCUACAGGAAGCCGUUGGGGUGCUACUCCUUCCCGUGAUUUAGGUAGGUCUGGUCUUGAUGGUGGCCGUGGUGGCGGUGGUUGGAACACCAGAGGUGGAGGUUGGGACCGCAGGGAGUCGGAGGUGAACCCAUUUUUCAAUGAGGAAGAAAGCAGCAAAGCUAUUUUUGAUGUUCAGGAGAACACUGGCAUCAAUUUUGAUGCCUACGAGGACAUUCCAGUCGAGACUAGUGGUGAGAAUGUGCCCCCACCCGUUAACACAUUUGCAGAGAUCGAUUUGGGGGAGGGAUUGAAUCAGAACAUUAAGAGGUGCAAGUAUGUGAAGCCAACCCCAGUCCAGCGUCAUGCAAUCCCAAUAUCUGUUGCUGGUAGGGACCUGAUGGCCUGUGCUCAGACUGGGUCUGGGAAGACAGCUGCUUUCUGCUUCCCAAUCAUCUGUGGGAUCAUGAGAGGGCCACCUUCACAAAGGCAAAGAGGCUCGAGGACAGUAUUUCCUGUUGCUUUGAUUUUAUCACCUACUCGAGAGCUCUCUAUCCAAAUACAUGAGGAAGCAAGAAAGUUUUCUUAUCAAACAGGCGUGAGGGCUGUUGUUGCCUAUGGUGGUGCUCCAAUUAAUCAACAGUUGCGGGACUUAGAGAGAGGGGUUGACAUUCUUGUGGCAACUCCUGGUCGUCUUGUAGAUUUGCUUGAGAGGGCUAAAGUGUCAUUACAAAAUAUUAGAUAUUUAGCACUGGAUGAAGCUGAUAGAAUGCUUGAUAUGGGUUUUGAGCCACAAAUUAGGAGAAUUGUGGAGCAAAUGGAUAUGCCUCCACCAGGUCAAAGGCAGACAAUGCUGUUUAGUGCUACAUUUCCAAAGGCGAUACAGAGAUUGGCCUCUGACUUUCUUUACAAUUACAUCUUUCUCGCUGUUGGAAGGGUUGGCUCUAGUACUGAUUUAAUUGUUCAGAGAGUUGAAUUUGUUCCAGAUUCUGACAAAAGAAGUUACCUUAUGGACCUUGUCCAUGCCGAAAAAACUAAUGAGACCCAUGGGAAGCAAGCUUUGACUUUAGUCUUUGUGGAAACAAAGAAAGGAGCUGAUUCACUGGAACAUUGGUUGUGUAUGAAUGGGUUUCCAGCAACCACCAUUCAUGGGGAUAGAACGCAGCAGGAAAGGGAGCAAGCCUUGAGAUCCUUCAAGAGUGGUGUGACUCCUAUCUUAGUCGCAACAGAUGUCGCUGCUCGUGGGCUUGAUAUCCCCCACGUGGCACAUGUUAUCAAUUUUGACCUCCCUAAUGAUAUUGACGACUAUGUGCACCGCAUUGGAAGAACUGGGAGAGCAGGAAAGACAGGUUUGGCCACUGCUUUUUUCAACGAGAGCAACAUUUCCCUGGCCAAGUCAUUGUCAGAGCUUAUGCAGGAAGCUAAACAGGAGGUGCCAGAAUGGCUUGCUCGAUAUGCAUUAGCUCGUCCCUAUGGCAGCGGGGGCGGUAGAAGCCGCCGAGGUGGUGGACCUCGAUUUGGUGGCCGUGACUUCCGCAGAGAUUCCAAUUAUAAUAGGGGUGGGGGAGGCAGUGAUCAUGGUGGGUAUGGAGGUGGUGGUGCCUAUGGCUCAUCUUCUGGACAAGGAGGUGGGCAUAGCGGAGCAGGUUUUGCUAGUGCUUGGGAUUAGCAACUCCUCCAUUCAACUGAACAAAUUGGACUCGAAACUUUCUCAGGAAUAGAAUUUUGCUGGCACGCUUAGACAAAAUUAAUAGUAAUAGUCUGUUUUCAUCCCUCUUUCUCAUUUUGUAACCACUUUAGUUCUCUGAGGUUUGAAUAUUCACUCAAAUAUUUCUCGAUGGAUUGGCGGUGUCCACAAACUCUUGGGUCUCUUGUCGGGUAUACUUACUUUAGGUUUCAUCUUCACCUGUUUGUAUUCUGUCAUGCUGUUUUUGCCUGUUAUGUUUAUUCUACUUCCGGUGUAAAUGUGUAAAAAUGUUCAGAUAGGUUUCGAGGGAAUCAGGGAGCACCGGAGGAUUUCCAAAUCAGCCAAGUGAAGCCUUUCAUGUCAUUUUUCACAUUUACACUUGCUUCUUUGUUAGUUUUGAGCGACAAAUAUACUUAUGAAUGAGAUGAUUUAUCGAUAUAUAUUGGAA